CAGCUUUUCCCAAAGCUCACCCAGGAUAUCUAAGGCCCCAGUGGAGACUGGGAUUGAGCAGCAGCAGUAAUGGCUUAUCAGAGUGAGAUGGUGAUCAGCUCCCAGCCUCAGGUCACCAUCAACAACUACACCGUGACUUCCUCUGGGUCCUCCGAUUGGAGCUCCAACGUUUGUGACUGCUGCGAUGACUGUGGCAUCUGUCUGUGUGCGAUCUUCUUGCCGUGUAUCCUGGGCUGUAAGAUUGCUCAGGACAACGGAGACAGCUGCUGUGUUCCUUUCCUCCCUGGAGCCUUGAUCGCCCUGAGGACAAGCAUCCGCAGCAAAUACCGCAUCCCUGGUUCCGUGUGUGAUGACUGGGUAGUCAUGACCUGCCUGCCUUUCUGUGGACUCUGUCAGAUGGCCAGGGAGCAGAAGAUGAGAGGCUGAUUGGUUAAAUGAGGGGAAUAGGGGCGGGCUUAAUGACAAUCAUGCAUCCAGUCAUGGGAAAAAAACACAGUGUGCCUUCUGACGUCACAGGUACGAUGUCACAGCCUGUAUGGAAAAUCCUAUGAACACAAUAACUUUGUUACAGUUAUGCCUUGACUGUGGCCAAUCCACCCCAUAUUUAUUAUUAUUGUCUGUGUAAUACUCUUAUAAUACCAUUAUACUA